AUGGAUGACUUCACCGCCUACUUGNGGAACAAGAGUGGGUACGGGUUGAACAUCCAGGCGACCUGUGACGCCAACUACCGCUUCUGCAGCAUGUCGGCCAUUUCGGCCGGUGCGACGAAUGACUGGACAGCAUGGAAUCGUUCUUCGCUGUCAGACUCGGUGGCGCGCCUACCGCCUGGGUACUACGUGCUAGGCGACGCGGCGUACCCUCUCAGCGAUCAUCUCCUCACGCCGUACCCGGGGAAGUUGCUGCCACGAGACGAAGACUCGUUCAACUUCCACCUGAUCCAACUGCUAGUAAAGAUCGAGCAAGCUUACGGCAUCCUCGUGGGGCAGUGGGGGAUUUUGUGGAGGCCGUUGCGGGUUCAGUUCGCAGGCCGCAGCGCCCUCAUCACGGCCCCCUUUCGUCUGCACAACUACCUCCGCGACGAGCAAGUGAAGCCGGUCCACAUGUCAGAGGAAGACGCGGAGACCGGGCGCGACCGUCCCCAUCUGACGGAAAACGACACGCUGCCGGAAGACUUUCAAACAACCGACACGGGGGUGCCGAAGCCGACGAGGUCGGGAGACGUCCCCACCCGCCUGGCGCUGAGGAUGCUACUGGAAAACAGGCGACAAUACCGCCCUCUAUACAACCUGCAGCGCAACGAGGCACUGUAG